CCACCCGCCAUCAAACGCGGAAGAAGAAGAAGAAGAAGAAGUAUCACUGCUGUAUUUAUUUUGGUAGCCACAGUUUCUGCAGAAAGUAAAACCGGAAAAUCAAGAGAAAGUGAUCACAUUUUCCACGAAGCGUGCUCCUCUUCAUGUUACGGGAUACCUGCAUGAAGUAGGACAUGUACCGCCCAGGUAAACACCCACACGGGCCGCCGCCGUUCGGACCCCCUCCAUCCCAUGGCCUUCCUUUCACACCCGGCGGGCCCUGUGGGAUUCCCCCUCCCGGACACUUACCCCUCCGUGGACCUUUUUCAACGCCACCACUGGACUUUCUCCACAACAGACCACCUGGACAUUUCAUUCCCCACUGUAGCAGCUUCUCCGUAGACCGUAGUACAGUUCCUUUGGGGGGCAGGCCGAACGUCCCUCCCGCAGAACCACCGCAGUGGAACCUCCCAUCUGUGGAUCAUCAUCCCUCUGACAACAGUGAACGAGCUGGUGAGGAGUUUCUGAGAUGUAUUGCAGCAAACAAGCCGCUCCCAAACUACCUCAAAGGAAACAUGGCAUUCAACCUGGCUGAUGCAUUUAAGUCCGCCAGUGUCUUAAAAGAAGCCGUCAAGUCAGACCCCAAGUUCCAGAAGCGUUUGACCAGGAGCAAGAGCCGUAGUCGAAGCCGAAGCCGUAGUCGAAGCCGCAGUCGUGGCAGGAGCCAGGGGAGAUCUAGAGCCAAGAACCGUGCACGAAGCAAAAGCAGAGCCGGCAGAGGGAGGAGCAAAAGUCGCGUUCGUGCGAAGAGUCGGGGUAGAAGCAAGAGCAGGGCUGGAAGUAAAGGUAGGGCCAGAAGCAAAAGCAGGGCCGGAAGCAAAAGCAGGGCCGGAAGCAAAAGCCGGGCCGGAAGCAAAAGCAGGGCCGGAAGCAAAAGCAGGGCCGGAAGCAAAAGCAGGGCCGGAAGCAAAAGCCGGGCCGGAAGCAAAAGCAGGGCUCGGAGUAGGAGUUCGAGCCAGAGCAAAAGCAAAAAGAGUCAUUUACGGAGCAAGAGCCGGGUCAGGAGGUCCAAAUCACGAAGUAGCAGUGGUGAAAAGAGCCGGGGCAAAGACAGAAAGAGAAAGAGGAGCCCCAGCCACAGCCGUAGCAGCAGCGUCAGCAUCAGCAGUGGCCAUAAUCUGGCUGGAAGCAGUCUCCUGGAGGGGCUGAAGCUCGUCAUGAACAGCAAAGAAAUGGAGGACCGGUUGCCCUCCCUCAAAGAUGCCAUUCUCACUAUUAAGGGAUCAGAUGGAAGCCCCAAACGUGAGCCAGAUGACAGUCAAGAACAUCUAACAUCCAUGGACAAUGACAGUAUGCUCCUGCCCCAUGACAGAGUUGGCGGAGACUUCUCUUGGCUCCAGAUGCAAAGUCAAGAGGACCCUGAGGUCCAGAAGGCUGAGGAGCUUGAAGAUGAAGAGUCGUUCUUGUAUGGGAAUGAAGACAUUGGAGCAAAACAAGCCAAUGCCUCCUCCUCACUUUUUGCAGCAUUUUCUCAGAUUGGCAAACAUGAGAAACGAGAGAGAGAUGAGAGUCGAGCUGUUGGCAGUCAGCAGCACAAUCAGUCCUUAUUCAGCAGCUUUGGGGACAUGCUGAAUCUAAAGCAGCCCCUUCAGCUAUCUUCUUUAAACCUAGCCACAGCCAACCUGGACAGCAGUGAGUGUGAGAAGGUCAAAAACAUACUGAAAAGUCUGGGCUCGACAAAUAUCAGUGAUGUCAUGGGGAAGAAAGAGGAGAAGCAGCAGGCUCCCACGCUCUCAGCUUCAGACUCGGCAGCAGUGAGUUUAGCGUUGCCGGCACUGGGCAACCCGAAUGUUCGGCAAGCUCUGGAGUCUCUGCAGUCGCUGAUCAAAGCAACAAAAGAGAAACGUGAAAAGACUGAUGGCAGCGGCAGAUCUCCGACAUCCUCUGAUAAACACAAGUUGGGAGAAAGUGACGACAGGAAGAUCGAUAAAAAAACCAGAAUGAAUAAGAUGGAAACAUUGAUGAAAGAACUCGAGGCAUUGUUGAAACAAGACGGAUUGAGUUUUCUGACUCCAGUGAUCGGGUUUUAUUGCCAGAAGUGUGAGGAGUUCAUUGGAGAUUUGAACAGUGCUGAGAAUCAUGCAGCCACUCACCGUCAGAGUAACUCCAGCAGUCAGAAAGACCAAGUGGACAAGCAUGCAGGAAACGGCACGGACCGACACUCUCGCUAUCCAAAGAGCAGCAGCAGCAGUAACCAACACCAGCACUCCUCAGACAGGAGAGAUCACAAAGAGCACGGCUACCGCAGAGACACAGGAGACCACAGGAAUCAAAAGACCACCGGGGAGGACAGGACAACAUGUCCUUCAAAGAGGAGAUGAGGAAAGAGAGGUUGCUCAUAACGGUGUCCCGUGAUCUGACGCCUCCUUCAAAUGCCAGGGGGAAGGAGGAGGCGGACAAGGAGAAAGGAGGCAAAGGCAAGGCAGACAAAACAGACAGCAAGGGAGAGUCAUCCAGGAAAGACAGAGAAAAGGAGAAAGAGGUAAAACAUGAGAGCAGUGACAGCAGUGACUCAGAGAAAGACAAAAGAGGAAAACAAAAUCACCUAAAAAGAAGAAGAAGAAGGAGGAAAAAGAAGAAGAAGGACAAGGGGAAGAAGUCCUAGUGGAUCUGUUCUGCUCGGCACAUUCUGAGUUUCAUCCUUUGAACCACUGUAGUAGUUUCCUCCUCUGCCUUUUAAUUUUGUUUUUCUCUGAUCAGAAGAGUGAGGGAUGUUUAAAGGAGGUGUUUAAAGGAACAGUACGUGUGAGGAGAUGUUUGUUGCGGACAUCAAAGAAUCAGUUUUGUUCUAGUGUAUCAAGUUCAGAGAUCUGACUGAACUGUGAACCGGGGGCAGAUUUUAAUUCUGCUCCCAUGUUUGUGCCACAGACUGAUUUCUACCAGACACACAGAAACAAUCUGAUUUGAUGAUUUGAUGUCGCAAGUGAAUUUCAAAAACAAGUCGACUUUUCUCCACAAAUGUUUUCCUUUCUCAUUUUUCAUGACAAUAAUCUGUACAUAUGACGCCCUCACUUCCCGGUUUUAUGUCUUUAUUACAUGUUUGAUAGAUAAUGCAGCAAGUUAUUAGUCUGUACAUCUAUCUUUCCCUCCUUCAUUGAUAUUAUGUGCAUAUUUUUCAUGGAUCCGCAGCAUGGGGUGGCAGACAGGAUGUGUGCUGAUUCUGAUUUCUUCUUCCUCAUUUUCAUUUUUAUAUCUUAGCAGCCGAGUCGUCCCCCUGUAGAAGAUGUGUGUUUUGGGAUAAAAAGUGUAAUAAAGUGUAAAUAAAAAUAA